AUGGCCCCUGGAUUGGCAAUGAUUGAGAUCCUCGACAGCGCAGUUCUACCAGUUAGAGUCUUCAUCAAUCGGAAGCAGUUGUUGAAAAGGAUAUCUGAAGUGAAGACUAUUUUCGAAACUCCGGUUUUGUCGAAUAAUUCCAUCGUUAGAUUAAAAUCUCCUUUAGUCAAAUUGUACUUAUCGAACAACGAUACUCGCAACCUUUGCAAUGAAGUCAAAAAUGAUCUCUUGUUGAUCAUCUACAAUCUAACCUCCAAUGAAGUACGACAGGGUGCAUUAAGCAAGCUGAAAAUAGGUCAAACAAUGGAUUUUGUUGAUCUUUUCGACAAGCUCCCUGUCCUGCCUUUCAAACCCUCAGAUUAUCCGACUAACGAUGAAAAUACGGGCAAAUUCCAUUCACAUCUUUCCACGAUCGAAAGGCUUGGAAAGCACCAAUACAAGUUACGUUUCAAGAAAUGUUGGGAAAUAGACAUUUUUAUUACUGAUAUAAGAAAGCUUGCACUUAUUCGAAAUUCACUUCUCUAUAAAUCAUCUGGAGGACGAUAUCUAUCAAAGAGUACUGAUUCAAUUCUGUCUCGAGAUGUAGGAUCCAUGAAGGUUUUAAAGCGCAAAAGAAUAGAAACGAAAGAGGCUGGGAAUAGUGAAGAUCCUCUCUUGAUUUUAGAAAGCGAUGAAGAGCAGGAUAUAUCGAAUAUCCAGCUGGAAACUAUGCCAAUAGCUCAAAAAGGAGAUAGCAUUAUCGAUACUAAUCAAGAAUUUGAGAAAAAACCUCUUUUUGAAUAUCGAUAUCAACCAAUGAUUAGCUACGGUAAGUGUGUUGAGUUUCAUGUCUUGAAAAGGCCAAGGAGAAAUGCAUCUAAAGGUGAAUCAAUUCCUGCGCGUUGA